AUGGUUACCUUAUAUGCUUUUCGAAAGUGGAGGAAUGAGAAAAGAUUCAAAAACAAUACAACAAGUGAUAAAAUAAGAAUUGAAGAGAAUAACUUAAACAAAUCACAAAUGAAAUUUUCACAGAAGGAAACAGAUAGAAACAAAUGUGAAAAACGAGAUAAACAAGCUUUUGCGUUAUCCAGUCUACCUUUACAAAAACGCACUGCAAAUGAAUUUUUUAUAGGAUUCAAUUUUCUACAACAAACACUGCAGAAGGAACCUGCAGAUAUAUUAGUGGUGUUACAAGAUAAAAAGAAAGAAUUUGAUAAAUUUUACAAAUCACCUAUGAAACCCGAUAUAAUAGAACAAAUUAAAGAAGAGAACUAUAUUGAUUAUGAAGAACCACCUGAAAAUUUUCGCUCACUAGGUAUUUAUCCUAAUCCCGCAGACAUACUUUCAAAUGAAAAGCCAUUUCUACGACCUAAUAUUAAAGAAGGUUCCUAUGUUAGUGUAGAACAUUACUUAGAUGUGCAGUUUAGAUUAUUGAGAGAGGAUUUUAUUUCUCCCAUGAGAGAAGGAGUUCAAGAAUUAUUGAAUAAUAAUAAUGAAGGAAAAAGAAAAAAGAAUAAAUCAAGCAUACAUGUUUACAAAAACGUGAAAUUUGUUUCACGAUAUUUAUCUAAAAGUGCUGUGGGCAUUUUAGUAGACUUUAAAGCUGAUAGAUUACAAAGUGCCAAAUCUAUGAAAAAUAAAACAAAUUGGGAACAAUCUAAAAGGUUUUUAUUUGGCUCCUUGUUAUGCUUCACAUCUAAUAAAUUUCAAAGUUUAAUAUUUGGAACAGUAGUUGAGCGUGAUAUAAAGCUCCUUAUGGAUGGUUAUUUAGUAGUUCAAUUAUGUGAAGAGUUUUCUCACCUAGAAGAUCAAUUAUUCAGAUCUCAAGAUAUACAUUGGAUGGUUGAAAGUGAGAUUUACUUUGAGCCCUAUUUUCAUGUACUGAAGGCUUUAAAAAGGCUUGCCGAACACAAUUUUCCAAUGCAAAAAUAUUUGGUAAAUGUUCAGUGUGAGUCUAAUAGACCAAAAUAUCUGCAAGAAGGAAAAAUCUAUACUCAUCAUCAUUUAGAGAUAAACGUAACUGAUUUCAAACAAUGGCCUGAUGCUGAAAAACUUGAAUUAAAUGAUUCACAGUAUAAAGCUGUACAGUUGGCCUUAACUAAUGAAUUUUCAAUAAUACAAGGCCCACCUGGAACGGGAAAAACUUACAUUGCUUUGAAAGUGGCCUCUAUUCUUUUGAGAAAUAUAAGAGACAAGCAAAUGUUAAUAGUUUGCUAUACUAACCAUGCACUAGAUCAGUUUUUAGAAGGUUUAAUUCCAUACACACAAAAUAUUAUUAGAGUAGGAAAUCGUUCAAAAAAUGAAAGGUUAAAUAAAUUUAAUUUAAGUAAUUUCAGAAGAAAAAACCGUCCUCAAGUAUUAUUUGAAUUAAAUGAUGCAUAUAGGGCUUUUCAAAGUAAACUUCAAGAUUUGGAAUUAAUAAAAGAAAAUAAGUGUAUUAUAGCUGAUUGGGAUGCCAAAGUUUUCCCAGAAUGUUUGAAUGAGCCUAAAAAAUAUUUCAAUAGAUUUGUUUAUUGGUUGCUAGAUAUAGAUGAAAGGGAAAUUACAAAUUUUGAUAUUAAUAGAAGCCAUCCUAAUUUAGUUGAUGAUAAUAUAAAUUACGAAGAAAUUGAAGGUUUGGGCAAAGAGGAUUAUUUUGAUACAAUGAGAGAGACCAGAAUUUUUGAUGAUGAUUUAUUAAUAGAUAUUUCUGGUGUUUCAAUGAAUUUGGAAGUUUUUGUAAAUGAAAAGUCUUUACUGUCCAAUAUACAAGCGUUACGGAAAAAAAUGGAAACACUUUUUCCGCUUGAUGAUCAUAAUGAAAUGAUUAAAUAUACCGAAAUAAUAAGAGAAUAUAAUGAAAAGUUAUUAAUUUAUAAUAAGUUUACAGAAUGUAUGAGAGAAUUUUCCAAUGGAACUCUUGGUAAUAUGAGUAAUAUACCAAUUAUAGCCAGAAAAGGAUUAAGAUGCAAUAGAGAAGAGAAAUGGUCUCUAUAUAAAUAUUUCAAAAAUAAAAUGAAAACUAAAAUAGAACAUGAAAUUACUCACUUAAGCGCUCAAAUUCAAAACCUGAAAAAGCAACAUGCUGAAAUAUGCCAGAUUGAUGAUAUAGCAAUACUUCAAGAAGCAAAAGUCAUUGGUAUGACAACUACCUGUGCAGCUCGUUUGCAAGCUUCUCUAAAUGUAUUGAAAAUUCCAAUUGUCAUAAUUGAAGAAGCCGCAGAAGUCCCAGAAUCCCACAUUAUUGUUUCCUUAACCCAACACUGCGAGCACUUGAUACUUAUUGGUGAUCAUCUUCAAUUAAAACCAUCAACAGCGGCAUAUAAAUUGUGCAGAUAUUAUAACUUGGACAUAUCUUUAUUUGAAAGAAUGUUGAAUAAUAAAAUGAAUUGUGUUCAACUGAACGUUCAACACAGAAUGAGACCAGAAAUUGCAAGUUUGGUAUGCCCCAAUAUAUAUGAAGAUCUCCAAAACCAUGAAAGUGUUUUAGAGUAUCCUGAAGUUGUAGGAGUUACAAAGAGUUUAUAUUUCAUAAAACAUAAUGUAUUCGAAGAUCAACUAAAUGAUGAUGACAAUGUUACAAAAAAAAAUUCAUUUGAAGCCGCUUUGAUUGUGAGACUAUGCAGAUAUCUUUGCUUGCAAGGAUAUGACCCCACAAAAAUAACAAUUCUUACCACCUAUUUAGGGCAAAUGUUUUUAAUAAAAUCCUUAAUUAGGAGAGAAAAUUUGUUGGAAGACGUUAAAGUAACUGUUGUAGAUAAUUUUCAAGGUGAAGAAAAUGAAAUUAUAUUGCUCUCAUUGGUCCGCAGUAAUAGCGAGGCAAAAAUUGGAUUUUUAAAAACUGAGAAUAGAGUUUGUGUUGCAUUAUCAAGAGCGAAGAUAGGUUUCUACAUUAUUGGCAAUAUGGACAAUCUAGUUGCCAGCAGUAAAAUAUGGCCUAAAAUCAAUGAUUCAUUGGAAAAAAUUAAUUGCGUGGGCCCACAUCUGACUUUGCGAUGCCAAAUACAUAUUGAUGAAUUUACAACAAUUUCUUGUGCAGAAGAUUUCAAUAAAGCACCAGAAGGUGGCUGCAGUAGAAUUUGUCGUUCAUUAAUUCCAUGUGGACAUUAUUGUAAUAGUGUUUGCCAUGUACUUGAUAGAGAGCAUCAGAAAUAUAAAUGUAAAGAACCUUGCACCAGAUUGUGCAAGAGACAGCAUAUGUGCAGAAACUUAUGCUCAGAGGAGUGUAGCUCUUGUCGUGUUCAAGUAUUGAAGAAAUUAAAAUGUGGUCAUGAGGCGAUGAUGGCUUGUGGUCAAAAACGAGACUUAUAUGUUUGCAGAGAAAUAGUAACUGAAAUAUUACCACUUUGUAAGCAUGAAGUGGAAAAACCUUGCCAAGCGGAUCCUUUAAAGUUUUCAUGUCCUUUCCCGUGCAUUAAUAGAUUGGAUUGUGGACAUCAAUGUGAAUUGAAUUGCCACGCAAACAAAGAUCCAGAUCACAUUGACUACAAAUGUGCAAAACCAUGCCCGAAUUUUUAUCAGGGUUGCAAAAAUGACCAUCAAUGCGAAAAGCAAUGUUUUGAACCAUGUCCACCUUGUACCAUUAAAGUAAAAAAAACAUAUAAAAACUGUACUCACUAUGAAACUAUGGACUGUUCUAAGGAUUUAGAUAAUGUCCCUUGCAAAUAUCCUUGCAAACGUACUUUGGAAUGCGGACACCAUUGCAAGUUGAAGUGUUUUGAACCAUGUGGAAAUUGCAAAGUCAAAGUUAUAAAAGAAAUACCACAGUGUCAUCAUAAAAUAAAAAUGAACUGCGGUGAUGCUGCUGACAUAACCAAUUGCUAUGAAAAGUGCAAAAAAAUAUUAUCUUGUGGUCAUAGUUGUAAGAACACAUGUCGAGAUCCAUGCACUACAAAAUGUGAAGUUCUUGUUCAAAGUGCAAUCCAAUCACCAUGUGGUCAUCUUGCAUAUGUUCCAUGUCAUUUAUUACAUACACCUGAAGCUAUUACAAACACAAAUGAAUUUUUGGACAAUUGUAAAGAACUGUGCAACAAAUAUCUUCAAUGUGGUCACAAAUGCGCUGGCUUAUGCUCCCAAUGUUAUCAGGGAAGAAUACAUAUUCCAUGUGAGGAAAAAUGUGGAAAUGUACUUGUUUGUCAACAUAGUUGCAAAGUACCCUGUCGUGAAUAUUGUCCACCAUGUACUGAAAUGUGUACCUAUGAGUGUGUUCAUUCCAAAUGUACAAAGAAAUGUGGAGUGCCCUGUGCCAGUUGUAAGGAGGCCUGCACUUGGAAAUGCGAACAUAAAAAGUGCAACAAGAGAUGUGGCGAAAAAUGCGACAGAGAUCCAUGUAAUGAACCAUGCAAAAAGAAGUUGCCAUGCGACCAUGAUUGCGUUGGACUGUGCGGUGAACCGUGCCCUCCAAUUUGCCGCAUUUGUGAUGAGGAUGAACUCAAAACAAUUUUCUUUGGUAAUGAAGAUGAAGAUGAUGCGAGAUUUGUUGUUUUAGAAGAAUGUGGACAUGUAUUUGAAUAUCAAGGAUUGGAUGAUUGGUUUUCAAUGCCUACAUCGUCGCAAGAAAUUUCUCCGAAACAGUGUCCAGAAUGCAAAAGCAUUAUUAAUAAAACUCAAAGAUAUGCAACAGCUUGUAAGAUGGCCUAUGAGUAUAUCAAGAAGUGCAAGACAAAAGUAUAUGGUUUGCCAAAAGAAAAUGACAAGAAGACAGCAGAGCUUCGAGCCAUUAUUAAUGUUUUAAUACAGGAAAGCCUGGAUUUUAGUAAAGAUUCUCAAAUUUGGAAGAAGAUGAUCAAUUAUUUGAAUACACAAACCCAAGAAAAAUAUACAAACAAACGACGAAUACCUCUUAAUAUAAUAACUAUUAACAAAUUAGAGGCUAUUUAUGGUAUAAUGAAGGAAUUGCUGAGGUUUUAUAACAAAAUUACUGAAAAUGGAGUUGAAAAAAUAUUCUUGACCCAAUGUGAAAUUAUUUUACAUGCUUUGUCAAGAGCUGAGUAUAAUAUAAGUGCUCAAUUAUAUGAUGAUAUAGACCGAGAGCUCUCUAGAUUGCACUGGAUUACUGAACUUUGCAAAAUUCAUACCAAGAAAGAAUAUGUCAAAAAUCAAAACAUUAGCCUAGUACAAACUGCCUACAAACUUUGUACUGAUGCAAUUAUGUGCUUCCAGAUAUUUUCUCAUGACCAAGCACUUGUAGCAAAAAAUCGACUAGAAAAAUUAAUGAAAACAAUAAAAGUUGUAGGAGAAGUCUCCUCAGAAGACAAAAGAAUGAUCGUAAAAGCUAUGGGAUUAAAGUCUGGUCAUUGGUAUGCAUGUCCACAGGGUCACGUAUAUUGCAUAACCGAAUGUGGGGGGGCUAUGCAAAUAGCUAAAUGUCCUGAAUGUGGAGCUAGCAUUGGUGGUACCUCCCAUCGAUUGCUUUCUGACAAUCGUGUUGCUACUGAAAUGGAUGGAGCAACAGCACCUGCGUGGCCUCAAUAAAACUAUAUAAGUAAUAUAAUUAGAAAUAUUUUUUUUACUCUUUUGAUGAUUAAUUAUGAUAUAUUUUUAGUAUUAUUAUGAGAGUUAUUAAA